AUGGGCGAGUUUGACAUCUCCGAGUCCGGAGGCGACGACGAGGAUCUUGAAGACGAGGAGGACGACAGCGACGGCGAGGAUGGGAGUGAGGAGGAAGAUGGGGAUGGAGAGGUCGACCUCAGCGAAUCUGAGGAGGAGGGCACCGCCGAAGUCGACGAGGACGAGGAGUGGCACGGCAUCGCCGAGUCUGAUUCUGGACCGGAGCCGCGACCCGAGGCCAAGCCCGCACAACCGCCCACUCCGGCCCCCGCUCCCGGUCGCUACAUUCCUCCCCACUUGCGCGCCGCGCAGCUCGCCGAGAAGGCUGCAGGAGACGGUGCGAAGGCCGCCGAACGCGCCAAGCUCGAGCGCAAGGCGCAGGGUCUUCUCAACAAGCUGAGUGAGGCAAAUAUCGAGAGUAUUCUCGCAGAGGUGGAGAAGUUGUUUGGAGAGUACAGCCGCAACGACGUGACGACCACCCUCACAACGCAGAUCAUUCAGAUGAUCGGAUCCAAAACCAACCUCCUGGACAGCUUUGUGAUCCUGUAUGCGACCCUCGUGGGGGCACUGCAUCGCGUUGUGGGCCUCGAGUUUGGCGCGCACUUUGUCCAGACUGUCGUGAAGCAGUACAACGAGGAGUUUGCACGCACCGCGCCCACAUCGACAUCUGCAGACGGUGACGACGCGGCCAAGGAGGCAUUCAAUCUACUGACCCUUAUUGCGGAGUUGUUCAAUGCCGGCGUGCUUGGCUCCCAGCUGCUUUACGACUUGGUCCGCGGGUUCAUCGGAGAAGGCGACGAGCUCAUGUCCGAGCGGAGCGUUGAGGGCCUUCUCAAGAUCCUCAAGUGCUCCGGCUCGCAGUUGCGCGCUGACGAUCCUGCGAGUCUGAAGGACAUCGUUGCGCUCGUGCAAGAGCGCACGCGCGGACGGGAGAAGGAGAUGACGACGCGUGCCAAGUUCAUGAUCGAGACGCUGGGCAACCUCAAGAGUGGCAAAGCGAAGGGCUUGGGUGCGGAGCGGGCUGAUGUUACUCGCAUGCGCAAGUUCCUCUCGGGACUGGGGAAAAAGCGCCGAUUGCUUGCCCCUGAGCCGCUUCGUGUCGGACUGAAAGACCUACUCUGCGCUGAUUCUCGCGGCAAGUGGUGGCUUGUUGGCGCGGGAUGGAGCGGCAACCCGCUGGUAGAGCGUCAGUCCACGAAGACAGCGGCGAAGGGCGACCAGGAGGACGAGGAGGUGCUGCUGGAGCUUGCAAGGAAACAGGGGAUGAACACGGACGUGAGGCGAUCGGCGUUCGUGGUCCUCCUCACCAGCGAGGACUACGUGCACGCAUGUGACCGCCUGCAUUCGUUCCGGCUUACAGCCGUGCAGCAGCGCGAGUUUGUGCGCGUGGCUCUGCACUGCGUUGGUAUGGAGGCGGGCUACAACCCAUACUACACACUCGUGCUCAACAACCUCUGCGCCAACAGCUACGACCACCGCUUCACGCUGCAGUACGCAUUGUGGGAUCUCCUCCGCGAGCUGGCGGAAGGCGGUGUGCCAGAAACGCGCGCAUCGCACGUUGCCAGGGCACUGGCGUUCCUCAUCGCCCGCGGCAGCGUGGACCUAACGAUCCUCAAGGCCGUCGAGUUCACCGACUUGACCAAGGCGACGCGCAAGUUCCUCGACGUACUGCUCCGCACAUUGCUGUUGGCGCUGCACACGCCGUCGCCCCUCCUGACCUUGCCCAAGAAGUUCAAGGUCGAGGAUGCUGACUUGGAGGCCGUCGAGGCGACGUUUGACCGCGCUCUCGCGACACCCGAGCUCGCCGGCGGCCUCGCGUGGAUCCUGCAGAGCGUCAAGAAGAGUCCUGGGAAGGAUGUGGGCGCACUCGAAGGCGAGGUGAUCGGUGUCGGGGCGGAGGUCGCGGUGGGCGUACUGGCGCGCGCUAUCUAG